ACUCUGGCCAAGAGGGUGACAAGUUCAAGCUGAGUAAGGGGGAGAUGAAGAAACUUCUGCACAAGGAGCUGCCCAGCUUUGUGGGGGGUGAAGAGAUAGGGGAUGGCUGUGAUGAAUGACCUGUCUUCUCUAACCACGCUGGAAGGAGAUGGCCCUGACCAUCUACAGGGCCUGGCAGAGAGCAAAUCAUUAGGGAGAGAGCCUUGGCCCAGGCUGCCUCGUGCUGCAGGACUCCUGUCCCCUGGGGGAACCAGAAUGAGGAUGGCGCCUCUGGAGCAGGCGGUGGCUGCUAUUGUGUGCACCUUCCAGGAACAUCCAGGGCCCUGUGGAGACAUAAAGCUCUGCCAGGCAGAGCUCAAGGAACUGCUAGAGAAGGAGCUGCCCACCUGGACCCCCGUGAAGCUUCGGGAGCAUGACCACAAUAAGUUCAUGGGUGUCCUGGACACCAACAAGGAUUGCGAGGUGGACUUUGUGGAGUACACGUGCCUGCUUGCCUGCCUCUGCGCCUACUGCCAUGAGUACUUCAAGGACUGCGCCCUGGACCCCCACUGCUCCCAGUGAUGGGCAGGGCUGUCAUCGGAGGGUAGGGAUCUGGGUCUGCUCCGGACCUGCUCCAUCUCUGCCCUGAGGUCAUCCUGGGCAUGUCAGCUCUCCCCCCUCCCCCCUCCCUUGUCCCCUCCAUCUAGAAUCUCCCAGGUUUGCCCCUGGUAUGUUAACCCCUUUUACCCAUGAGUCCAGGAGACGUGAGGGGACCUUCCCCGGGAUCACAGCUAGUGACCUGUAGGACAGCCAGCCGCUGCCUCCCCACUGUGGCCCAUGAUGGACGAAGGCCGUCAAGGCCCGGCAGAGCGUGUGCGGGAAGGAGACCACGGUGGGAAAGGGCCUAUUUUGCUCCUAAUAAAGAACUGGCAUCA